UUAGCAAUCUAAUAAAUAACAAGCUUGCUCACCUAAAAGUGAUUCUUAGUGGAUGGUGAAAAACUGUGUAAAUAAAAUUCAAUGAAACCGUGAUUUGCCUGUAAAAGAAGAUACCCACCGGCAAAAUGUUGCCCGUACCUCAAGACCGAAUGUCGGGGCGCCGGAGCAGCUCCAUCGUGAGCCGCACGCUGCUCGGCCGCCGCGCGUCCGUGUACGCCACCGGCAACCAUCAGGACCCCGCCAAGCUAAUAACGGAGAUCAACGUGCAGCUGGCGCUGUUCCGGGACCUGCUGAUCCACUUCGGGCAGCCGCCCGACUGCCCAGAGCUGCGCGAGCGCGUGCGCCGCCUGCGCCGCGCCUGCGUCGAGGCCACCAAACAGACCAGCCAGCUCGUGCUGCCCAACUGCAAGAAGUCUACGAGCGAGGGAUGCGUGGAGCAACCCCAGCUGGUGCUGCUGUACUUCAUGGCGCAGCUGCUGCUGCGGGAGCUCGCCAAGUGCCACCGGCUCGUGCAGCUCGUUCCCAUGGACAUGACAUCCUACUACGAAAACCGCGCCGGCCCGUCCAAUUUUGGGAACGUGAUCAGUCAGAUCCUAUUGUGCAAGCAAAUCACGCCAGACUUCAACCAGGAGGAGCUCUGCAGCAUCGUUAAAGACACCCAGGAGAUCACCAGGAUAGUCACCGAUAUCCAGGAGUACCUGCCUCAGCAUGAAAACCUCAACCACUUAGAGACCAACGUCGCGUUGAAAGGAGAAGAAAUGAGCGGACUGUGGCGAAACAAACGAAGAGGCUCACUGUACAAAAGCAUGGGGGUGCUCUGUUGCGUGUCACGACCGAACUAUCUCUGAGGGUGACGCGUCUCGCCCCCGAGGCGGCUCGACUAACCGACUUC